AUGUCAAGUUACUUGGCCUCGAAAAGAUCUUUACCUCUUGGAGAACCCAAGUACCUUCAUACCUUGUGUCUAGAGGAUUGCAAAUUGGGAGACAUAUCCUAUGUUAUUAGAGAAUUGGAGAAUUUGGAGAUCCUCAGCUUUGCUCGCUCUCAAAUCAAUAAGUUGCCUAUAGAAAUAGGACUUCUUCAUCGGUUAAGGAUGCUGGAUGCAACGGAUUGUGAAGGACUUGGAGAAAUUCCUCAUGGUGUCUUAUCCAACUUGAGGAGAUUAGAAGAGUUGUACAUGGCAGAUAGCUUUCUCAAUUGGGGGCCAACAACAGGAAGCAAUGAAAAGAGCAUGGCAAGCUUUGAUGAGGUGAUGUCUCUGUCUGAUCAUUUAAAUGUCUUAGCCAUAAAAAUCCCCAAUGUUCAGAUGUUGCGGAAUGCUAAGUUUCUUUUAAAAAGCCAGCCUAUAAGAUUUCAUGUAUCUAUCAAUAUUAGUUGGUCAUACAAAAAUAAUAGUUUCAAGAAUCGAAUACGUGGUUAUCUGUUCGAAAAUAGUUUGAUGCUUCGUGGUGAUGUAAAGGAAUAUUUAGAGAUUGGAGCAGUUAGAUACUUCUUGAAGCAAUCUGAAGACUUAAGCCUACAACACACAUACAAUUUAAAGUAUGUCAUCGAGGAGUUCGACGAUCAAGGGGGCUUUCAACACUUGAAAGUGUUAUCAAUCAUGUAUGACAACAACAUAGAGUAUCUUAUGAAUGGAACAGAUUGGACUCGUCGUGGUCAACCUGCCUUCCCCAUCUUAAAGUCAGCUACCUUCGAGUAUGUUGACAAACUAAAAGUUGUGUGCUCACAAAACUUGGUACAACUCCAAAGCUUAAAGGUUGAAAAUUGUGCUAAAGUGGAAGAGAUCAUAUCAAAGGAGAGAAUGGAAGAUGAUGAUGCAUCUCAUAUGAUAACUUUCCCAAGAUUAACUAUUUUGGAGCUUUCUAAUCUACUAAAACUCUGUGGUUUCUACAUGGGAAUCCAACGGGACUCCGCCUAUGAGAUUAUAAAGUCCAAUGAUGAAAGUGUGAACAAGAUGAAAGAGACUAGGAGGAAUGACAAUCAAGUUGCUGGGUCGACCUCAUCUAACAAAAGUAGCACAAGCGGGAAGCGACUACAAGUGGAUUAUUUGAGAAGCAGGAAAUUGUCAGAACCAGUAGUCAAUGUGGUAUUUGAUUUAGAAAGGCAUGUCUCUGCAUUUUCUCAAUUACAAAAAUUGGAAGUGGAGUUUUUAGAUGAGCUUGAGCAUUUGUGGAAGAACGUUCAACUUGGAUUCCAAGGUUUUCAAAAUGUAAGAUCUUUAACAAUUGGAGGUUGUUACAGUCUGAAAUAUCUAUGCCCCUAUGAAAUUUACAAGCUCCUUGUGAAUCUCCAACAAGUCAAUAUAUUCCAUUGUGAGAAUAUGGAAACUAUAGUACUGGAAGCUGCUUCCAUAGAGGACAAUAUCCAUGAAGAAGGGAAAGAGACAGGUGGCAGUGGCGCGAUGACUUUGUUUCCCAAACUGCUCAAUAGCUUCGACCUUGUCUAUUUGCCAAGACUUGAGAGAUUUUCCCCUGAUGCCUAUUCUUUUGCAUGGUCCUCCUCCACGAGAACUAUGCAGUUGAUAAAUUGUCCCAAAUUAAAGACAUUGGGUUUUGCACCAGUAAGCAAAAAGCUGCCUGCAGCAGUUGCAGAGAAUGUGAGUGAUGAUUAUGUAAGAGGUAGAGAAGAAUCAGGAUCUGAAUGUGCAUCAUCAACUGGAUUUGGAUCUGGAUUUGAAUGUGCACCACUAACCUGCUUACAAAGCCGUCCAUUUACUCACAACUUUACUCAAAUAUUGCCCCGCCUUGUAAAUAAAGAGGUUACGCCAGCAAAUCUUCAGACCUCAAUUGCUAGGGACAAUAAUCUAGAAGAUCUCACUGUAAGAGAGUGCAAUUUAUUGGAAGUGAUAUUUUUGGUUCAGGAAACCCCAUCUAUUCAAGCAUUUGAUAAGCUGAGGGAAUUGAUAUUGGGGUCGUUACCAAUGUUGAGCCACAUAUGGGAAAAGGGUUUACAAGUUAGCUCAGGCUUUGGAAACCUUAGAUUACUACAAGUACAGUACUGUCACAAUUUGAGAUACUUGUUUUCACCGCACAUAGCCAAACUUCUUACCUGCCUUGAGACAAUAGCAGUUUCUCAUUGUAGUGCGAUGGAGAAAAUAGUUGGAGAGGCAGAAGGAGGAGGGGAAAGUAUUGAGGAUGAAUUGACAUUUCCGCACGUGAAUUCUAUCCAACUUGUGGAUUUACCCAAACUUAAAUCUUUCUGCUCUCAAGCUUAUACUUUGAAGUGGUCGUCAGCCUUGGAGAAAGUCGAAGUUCGAAAUUGUCCAGAAUUAAAAGUGUUUGCUCCUGAGGCUGUGUAUAAAGAGCCAACAUGUGUAUGA